ACAACAGGAAUUUCACGCGCGAGUGUCACGAAUCACGAAACACGCGUGCGCUCGAGGAAGCUGAGGACUCGUUCUCCACCCCUUCGGCUCAAUCCCCGCUCGGCCUUCCGUCAUGUCCUCGUCAACAUCAUCGGAUCCCGAAGACAGCGUUGGGGAAGUGGUUUACAGUAAAAGUGCCGGAGUCGGAGACCAGGCCGACGAUUGGGACGAUACCGCUCUGAUCGAAGCCUACGAUGCCGCAUUGGGCGGGCUGGAGCACGAGUUAGAGAAACGGAAAGCGCGCACGUCAACUCAAAAAGCUUCUUGUUCCUCACGAGGAGCACCAGCAUGCCAGACUAAAUGGAGCAAGGGCCAGUUCUGCAAAGCGCAGUAUUCCGUCGACCAGCAGUGGUAUGAAGCGAAGAUCAUCGCGCUUGACGGUGCUCAUUGCAUUGUGCAGUACUUGGGCUACAUGGAUCACGAGAGGCAGCCAUUGAGUGCUUUAAGAUCGUCGGGCGGCCGAAAACAGCGUCAAAUCCAGAUGAAGUCUGUCCCGUGUGAGGAAGAAGGCGACUCCGAGGCAUCGCCGGAGGAGGAGAUCGCUGACGAUCAUUCCGCCAAAUCGGGAGGGAGUGCUUCAACGACGAAAAAAAAUCCCUGCGACAAAUCGUCCAAGUCACGGCAGCGAGAACGCCAAGAGGAGCAACUUGGACAUCUCCUUCAUCUGCAGAAUCAGCAUCAGCGCUACGCUGCGGCUGGGGCGAACCAACCAAAAUUUUCCUCGUCGACACAGGCCCCGAAAACGUCCAAGGAUUCCACUAGGAAACGCAGCUCCCACGAGUCGUCAAUGCCCUCAGUGAUUGCUUUCCCCCCGCCACCCCCACCUUUCCCGCCGGGAGUCGAUGAGAUAUGCGAGGGCGAUGAAGCCCUGGCCGCUAUGCUGAUUUCUUGGUACAUAUCGGGCUACCAUACGGGCUACUAUACGGCUGUGAGAAACCAGUCCAAAGGCUGAUAUAAAGAUUCGGCCGCUGGCUGCUUAUUCAUGGUCUGAGGUGUCCAGACUGAUAUUAUACAAGUUCUGAAGCGGAUGAAAUCGACGUUCAUUUCCACGGUUGGGUGAUCUCAUCUCAGUUCUGUUCGCGAAACCAAUCGCUUCCGCGGGUGAAUAAAUCGA